UCAACCCUUGCCCGGCGAGAGUUGCUGUACCGGAGGAGGAGGAGUGGGAUGGCGUGGGGGCCGCUGGAGGGAAAAUAAAACGAUGUGCCCAAGACAGGAAAAGUGGGAGGAGGACGGGGAGGAGGAGGUCGUGAGACAAGAGCGGAGGAAAACGUGUCACAAGGCCGGCUCUGGUAUCUCCGCGGCCGCGGAGUUUGUUGACUGCCGCGCGAGAGGAACUGAGGCUGGACCAGACCCCGCGGCGACUGGGAGGGCGUGCUGGGCAGACGGAGCGCGGUGGCGCAAACCUUCCAGAUCGCUUGUUUGUCUCCGGUGUUGGCUGCAUUUGUGGGUUUAAAAAAGCCUGAGGGCCAGAAGGCAGCCCUGGGAGCAGAAGCAGCCCUUUCUGCGGGCAGUUGGAACCUGGUGGUCGAAAGGAGAAACUGUCCCUACACCUGAACUUAUGACCCGCGGCUUCCCUCCCAGCCUGCCCACUGAGUUCCACAAGAUGGGCUCCUUCCGCAGGCCAAGACCGCGCUUCAUGAGCUCUCCAGUGCUCAGCGACCUGCCCCGAUUCCAAGCAGCCCGACAGGCUCUGCAGCUGGGCUCCAACUCGGCCUGGAACAGCGUCCAGACAGCUGUGAUCAACGUCUUCAAAGGAGGCGGCUUGCAAAGCAACGAGCUCUAUGCACUGAACGAAAAUAUCAGGCGGCUGCUGAAGAGUGAACUUGGAUCGUUCAUUACAGACUAUUUCCAGAACCAGCUUCUUUCAAAAGGACUGUUCUUUGUGGAGGAGAAGAUUAAACUGUGUGAAGGUGAAAAUCGCAUUGAGGUUCUGGCUGAAGUCUGGGACCACUUCUUCACUGAGACCCUCCCCACCCUGCAGGCAAUAUUUUAUCCAGUUCAGGGCCAGGAGCUGACCAUCCGCCAAAUCUCCCUGCUGGGCUUCCGAGAUCUGGUCCUGCUGAAGGUGAAGCUGGGCGACUUGCUGCCAUUAGCCCAGUCCAAGCUGCCCUCGUCCAUUGUCCAGAUGCUGCUUAUCCUGCAGAGUGUUCACGAGCCCACAGGCCCAACUGAGAGUUACUUGCAGCUGGAGGAGCUGGUGAAGCAAGUGGUUUCUCCUUUCCUUGGCCUCAGCGAGGACCGUGGCUUCUCAGGCCCCACGUACAUGCUGGCCAGGCGGCACUCCAGGGUCCGGCCCAAGGUGACUCUUCUGAACUCUGCCUCCCCGAUGACCACAGUCAGCCGGCCACUGAAUGAGAUGGUACUAACCCCACUGACGGAGCAAGAGGGGGAGGCCUACUUGGAGAAGUGUGGCAGCAUCCGGCGGCACACGGUGGCCAACGCCCACUCGGACAUCCAGCUGCUGGCCAUGGCCACCAUGAUGCACUCAGGCUUAGGGGAGGAGGCCGGCAGUGAGGACAAGUGCCUGCUCCUGCCACCCAGCUUCUCCCCACCACACCGCCAGUGCUCCAGUGAGCCCAACAUCACCGACAGCCCUGACGAACUGGAGGAGGUGGCAGGGGCCAGCCAGGAGGACGAGGAGCUGAACUGUGCUUCCCUCAGCUGAACGACUGCUCUAAGGGCGUCCCAGUUCCUGCUUAGUAACCAGAAUGAGGAUGACUCCAUCCCCAUGGACCACCAACGGGCUCUUUUUUGGGGCAGUGUUGCCCUUUUUCAGCCCUGGGGGACGUCCCUGGUGUAAACCUUUUCGUAUUUGUAAUGGCGACCAUCUCUUUGAAGUGACACAGACCAAACUGCCACACAAGAACCAGUUGCCUAAUGUUUGCCUUCUGACUGCCAACCUUACCUGCCUGGCUAAGGGCCUCAUCUCUGGGGACUUUUCCCUCAGAUAUUGGACAGUCUGAUGCUCACAGCAGUUUCCCACUGCCUUUGACAUUGCUACAGCAGGAAGCUGUGCAGAUCGCCCAUAGAACCAUCAACGAUAUGCUUUUUGGAGUCCUCUUUGGAUUCCUUGUGGUAACUCCUUUCCCCUAUUUUGUGUUAAGUGAAAGUAGACUGCAGCCUUUACCGAGCAGGACUCUGGGACGUGCGUUCUUUGUUUUAGUUUAAGAAGUACAGGGAAAGAGAUGCCCAUGGUGGAUGAGGACUUUGGCUUUUGGCCCAGGAGGCACCGAGGCUGGAGAAGCUCUGUCUUAUGUUAAGCCUCAGCACCUCCCCCUCAGGCUUCUUCCCAAACUCAAGGAAUGAACCUUGGGUGGGGUAGCUGGUGCCUUAAUCCCCCUCUCAUUUCAGAAAUUGACAGUUUUCUUAUUGCGGGUGUGAAGGGCUGGUGGGUAUCAACCACCUAGUCUGUUCCUGGAUUUGACUUGAAUUUUUAAAAUGUGUAUAGUUUAAAAAAAAUAAUUGUUGGCAAAUAUUUGCACGUAAAACCUUGCACUGUUCAUUUCCAAUGGGGUGUGUCCUCAGACAAACCAGCCACUCCCUGAGAAAGGGGACUGGAGGUGUAGUUCAGAGUGAAGUGGUCUGUGGAGGGCAGGGCUCAUAGUCCACAGACGUCUAGAAGCAGCUGGUCUCAAAUCCAGAAUGACCUGUGUUUGUGAGUGUCCUGGUUUAUAGAAAAAGUUGUAUUGGGGGAGGGAAGCUCAACUUGCCUCCUGAGCAAAGGAUUGUACCCAAUGGAGUGUCUCGGUUCUUCACAGUGGGGUUUGAUGGGGGAUGUGUGGGCAGAACCUUUUGGAGGGGUAUCCAUUCCCUGUGAUUAAAGAAGUACCCAGAAGUACCUGGAAUUUCUAAAAUGUGGGGCCUCAAAAUGCUCUUGGGAGCAGCAGGCUUUGGUACUGUGCUGUGUCCUUCACACUGUUCCCUCCAGGUCUGGGGGCUUUUUAUCCCCCUGGAAUCCCUGUCUUCCUUUUUGCGUUGGUCUGUUGGCCCCACUGAGAGUGGCUCCAGAAAAAGAAGGCCCCCCUUGACCCUCCUGGCACCUUCUGGGGAUCCUGUUAGUCUUUGGAUGGGAGCCACCUUGGCUUCCAGUAUGGCAGGAGGGGGCUGGGAGAGGGUGAGGAUCAGUUUGAGCUGCCAGCAGGGGAAGAGGAAACCUUCUAAGCUCAUCUAAGCCUGAAAUAUGACCAUAGUUGUGCUUUUGAUGGCUGGAAAUUUGGAAAUUUUGUUUUAAAAUUGUUUUAUUUUCAUCCAGC